GAGCACGGCGCUGACGAGCGGCUGUGCGUCUUGGAGAGGGCUGAGACGCCAGAGACGCGCAACUGCAGCGGCGCAGUCUGGUCGGAGAUCCCGUCCAGCACUCAACGGCUGUCCGAACGGUUUUUGCGACAACACGCGACCACCUCCAAUCUACACACAAGUCCUUCACUCGCAAACGAUGGAUCCCUCCUCCCCUCCCCAAAUAGCCAUGUUGGAGGAGUGAAAUGGGAGAUGAUGCGCACCUUGGCCAAAAUCCCGGAGCUUUUUUGAACAGCUCUGUGGGUGUGUGAGCGCGUCGGGCUCGCCGUUACAUCAGGACUGCACUCGACAACUUGACCCGCUUUUCAUCAAGUCAUGUCUGAUACAGAGCGAUGGGCAAGUUUGACGACAACGAGAGGAUAAUCCUCAACGUCGGGGGCACCAGGCACGAAACCUACAAAACCACCUUGAAGACCUUGCCUGGGACGCGCCUGGCCCUACUUGCCUCCGACUCGGACAUAGACUCCGUGCUGGAUCAACUGCAACAAGUCCCCGGCUUCAUCGAGUACAACGCCGGGACCAACGAGUACUUUUUCGAUCGCCACCCGGGCGUCUUCUCCUACGUGCUCAACUACUACCGCACCGGGAAACUCCAUUGCCCGGCGGAUGUGUGCGGACCCCUAUUCGAGGAGGAGCUCUCCUUCUGGGGCAUCGAUGAGACGGAUGUGGAGCCAUGCUGCUGGAUGACUUACAGGCAGCACCGGGACGCGGAGGAGGCUCUGGACGUGUUCGAGCUCAACGUGGACAACGGGGAGGAUGACGAAGGGAUAGGGAAGAGGCUCGGCAUCGAGGACGUGGCCUCCGACGGUAAUGUCAGCCUGUGGAGGAAGUGGCAACCGGUGAUCUGGAAUCUAUUCGAGGAUCCCUACUCCUCCAGAGCGGCGCGGUUUAUAGCCUUUGCGUCUUUGUUCUUCAUCCUGGUCUCCAUCACCACCUUUUGCUUGGAGACUCAUGAGGCUUUCAAUACCAUCAUCAACAAGACGGAGCUGAUGCGGAACAGCACUGCGCCGGACUCAGGCCCGCAAUACGAGAUUGAAACCGACCCUGCACUCACCUAUGUGGAGGGCGUUUGCGUCUUCUGGUUUACUAUUGAGUUCCUAGUGCGUGUGACCUUCUGCCCUGUCAAGUUGGAGUUUGUUAAGAGUGUUCUUAACAUCAUUGACUUUGUGGCUAUCCUGCCGUUCUACUUGGAGGUGGGGCUGAGUGGCCUUUCAUCAAAGGCUGCCAAGGAUGUGUUGGGUUUCCUCAGGGUAGUGCGCUUUGUUCGUAUCCUGCGCAUCUUCAAGCUGACGCGCCAUUUUGUCGGGCUAAGGGUACUGGGCCACACAUUACGGGCCAGCACCAAUGAAUUUCUCCUCCUCAUCAUCUUCCUGGCAUUGGGAGUCCUCAUUUUCGCCACCAUGAUCUACUACGCAGAACGAAUUGGCGCUAACCCCAACGACCCCACCGGUAGCCUCCACACCAAGUUCAAGAAUAUUCCCAUUGGCUUCUGGUGGGCCGUGGUAACCAUGACAACACUUGGCUAUGGUGACAUGUAUCCAGAGACCUGGUCAGGCAUGGUCGUUGGAGCUCUGUGCGCCCUAUCGGGUGUGCUGACGAUAGCGAUGCCUGUGCCCGUUAUUGUCAAUAACUUUGGGAUGUACUACUCCCUGGCCAUGGCCAAACAGAAGCUACCCAGGAAGAGGAAAAAACACAUCCCUCAGCUGGUGCAGGGAGGUUCCCCCAUAUACUGCAAAGCAGAUCUCAACACCACCUGCAACAGCACUCAUGGCGACCUGUGCCACAUCAAAGGGACCAGGGUGCUGGAACGCAACUGCGCAGUUCUGUCAGACUGCAGUGGGGGCAGCGACUUGACCAUAUCUUCAGACGAGAGGGUCUCCAUGCGGAGGUCCAGCACCCGGGAACAGGACCAGCAAUGCGGGGGAACAUGCUUCUUGCUUGGUGCUAGUGACUACAGCUGCCCUGCAGAUGGAGGGAUGCAAAAAACAGACCAUUCAUUUCCUAUUUGAAUGACGGGGGAAUAAGUCAUCUGUGCGAGGACCGGUUGCCGUGAGAGGACACACCCUGUCCCCAUUUGGAGCCACUCCUGCUGGACAAAGCGGACGGAGAGGCGCGCUAAAAAACGAUUGACUGGAGGCCACCCAGCCAGCGGCUCUGUGCACAGGAGAGGAAAUCAAACAGACAUCAUGGGAGGACUUUGAUAACUUUUGACCUGACUUUUUUGCUUUUCUGUUUUGGAAUGGAACAAUGAGGGGGAAAAAAGGAGAAUAAAUAAGAAUGGAGACAACCUAAAUGGAGACAACCUUAAUUCGAGACUAUCUACUGUAAGGAUAAAUGCUUCUGUAAAUAAAAAAAAUAACACAGCAUGCCUGGGCCAAGCGGCUCCGUCCACACAUCUGUCCACCAGUGGCAAGCAAGGUAACAAGGCGUUCGGCCGUGAUACUCAACGUCACAUAACUUUACUUGCUGUGGUAACCCACCCCGCAAUAACUGUUUAAGAUUUAUCAGCCGAGGCGUUUUGUUCUCUAAAACUGAGUGUGUUCAUAUAUGAGAUUCUAUAUACAGUGCAGAGAAACAAAUGUGCUAAGUUGAAUAAAUGUAACAGAUCGGUCAUCUCAUCUUUGUUUCCUUUGGUGAUUUUCAGUAGGUGAAUUGCUCUGCUGUGUGUUAAAGUGUGUGUGUGUGUGUGUGUGUGUGUGUGUGUGUGUGUGUGCGUGCGCUUGUGUGUGUGUGUGUGUGUGUGUGUGUGUGUGUGUGUGUGUGUUUAUCCUAAAGCACCAAGGUCAGAACUGCAGUUUAAUAGCACAGAGACCAAAUCAUGGUACAUGAUGCCAUCACUCUUCCAGUUAGUUUUAGCACAAUAAUCAAUGAGACAGAGUUCCCCUGUGAUGUAGUCGCCAUUGUAGAAGUCCCUCCCAGACCCACCCUCCAAACAUGCAAACACCCUGCAAUUGUCCUGGAGAUUGUUUCUUCCCUCUCACACCAAAAUUAUCCUCACCUUAAAAUUCCUCAUGUAUCCUGGUUGCUACACAAAUAAAAACUGCAUAACGUAAUUCUUCCAAAGUGUAGCAGAAGUUGGCUACAAUUGCACAGUAGCAAUCUAUCACACACAAACAAUGAGACCGGAUUUGCAAAAAGCACUUGUAAAAAAACGAAGCGCCGAUCCACACUGUGAUUUCAGCCGCCUGUUAUAAACAAAGAUGGAAAGCAGGUCAAAAGAAAGAAGCUCUAGACAGCUGAUGGAAAAAGGACUGGAUGUCGGCACAACUCAUGUGCCACGUCGGCUGCACACAAGCGUCGUUGCUGCUUUACUCGGACUAAAGGGGUACAGUUCUUUGUGUCUCUGUAAGAAGACAUUGUAACUUGAAAAAGGGGGGGAAAAAUAGAUUUCUUUGACCCUGGUAUUUUUGUGUCUCUUAUUGUGGGGUACAUUUCCCUUACCUGUAAAAUGUAUGGUAGUCCAAUGCUGUGCUUCUCCACCGUUUCUUCAAAAUGUCACGCUUUUUGGUCCAAGUUUAUGUUUUACUGUGAGGGAGAUUCUAGUUUGAAGCCCUUAGUUGGCAUUUUAAAGUGCAUGCAGAAAAAAUAAACCCAUUAUGUCAAAUUGUUAAAAAAUGAUGACAUACUGUAUAUCACGUUCAAAACAAUGUAGAGAAAAGUUAAAUACCAUGUGAGAGAGUCACAUAAAC